AUGUUCAGAAUAUAUGUGUUUGUACCACAAGGCAACUACGCCACCAAUUUUGAUACUCUAAUGAGUGUAGGCUCAGACAUGGCCAUCUUCUGCCUGCUUUGCGGGAAGCGUUUCCAGACCCAGACGGCACUGCAGCAGCACAUGGAGGUCCAUGCCGGCGUGCGCAGCUACAUUUGCAGUGAAUGCAACAGGACGUUCCCCAGCCAUACUGCACUCAAACGCCACCUACGCUCACACACGGCGGGAGACCACCCGUUCGAGUGCGAGUUCUGCGGAAGCUGUUUCCGAGAUGAGAGCACACUGAAGGGCCACAAGCGCAUCCACACCGGGGAGAAGCCCUAUGAAUGUAACGGCUGCGGGAAGAAGUUCAGCCUGAAGCACCAGCUGGAAACCCACUACCGUGUGCACACAGGUGAGAAGCCAUUCGAGUGCAAGCUGUGCCACCAGCGAUCCAGGGACUACUCUGCCAUGAUCAAGCACCUGCGCACCCACAAUGGCGCCUCGCCCUACCAAUGCACCAUCUGCCUGGAGUACUGCCCCAGUCUGUCGGCCAUGCAGAAGCACAUGAAAGGCCACAAGCCAGAAGACAUCCCUCCAGACUGGCGCAUAGAGAAGACCUACCUGUACCUCUGCUACGUCUGAGGACGGAAGGAGCCAAUGAGAAAAAAGGGGUGGGGGACGGGGCAGAGAGGUAAGGGGAAUGUAACGGAGCGGGUAGGAGGCCUGGGUCUUAACGACUGGGUAGUCUCAACGGAAAGAUACUCGAGACCGAGAGGGUUUGUUUUUUUUGUUUUUUUCUAUUUCUCUUUUCAAGCAAAGGCGGCAGCGGGGGUAAAAGGGCGGGGACCGCGGGGGGCAAAUAUUACUAAGAAAAAAGGAAGACUUGGACGUGAAGAGACGUUUGUCCACCGUUGUUCGGACUCACCGGGUCAUUCACUACAUCUGCAACCGUCGUCACGUUUCAGGUCAUUUCACGCAGCACCAUUAAGACAAGCCAGCUGCGAGGAAGUGACUCCAUGGAUGCUGCUGCCAUAUUGGUGGGAAAGCAGAUUCUCAAGGGCUAUCUGAGCAUUUACAUUCAUGCAAUCGGGCAGGAAUCAAAUCCUUCACUCCAUUUUUUCCCAUCUUUUUCCCCCCCUCCUUGUUGUCUGUCCUCUGCAUUCGUAUUUGUGGUCGUUGGUUGAGAAAGCUUAUCUCGGAGGAGACAUAUUUUUCCAAGAUAAUCAAAGUGAGCGGUGCUCCAGACUUUGAAUUGCCGGCUUUGGAUCAACAUGCCACUUAUCUUUUCUACUCGGGAAUGCAUGUGCGCUGCUUCAUCUCUCCUAUUCUGUCCACAAGCAGUGUGCGCAGAUCUCCUGUGUACCACAAAAAAAAAAACGUCUGCAAGAUAACCUGUCCAUACAUGAAAUCCUUUUAGAUGCGAGCAGUGGCAGUAAGAUAGCCCCUGAGAAUCAGCGGCAGAGCCUGUGGGCUUAUGCAGUAGUUGAAACAGUCGAACUGAAUAAGUGGGAGUUUUGAAAUGCUGCAAACCGGGCACCCAUUUUGGUCGUGGGCAGGAAAGAUGCUUUUGCUGCUUUUCACCGGAAGUCUCCUGAGGUUUUCUCCGUGAUCUUCCGGGUCCUGCAUCUCUAUCGGAUUCGGGCUGGCGGUUGAGUCACCAUUGGCCACUCACGGUUCUUCCCAGAGGCUAACUUUUGUCACUUUUCUCUUCAUGUAAUAUUCUUAGCUCUGCAUCGUAGAUUAUCACGGCUUGAUUGCACAAAGUAAAACCAACCACGACAACAGUUUCUGUUUGAUGUCAACAAGGUAUAUAAAUCCUUUCAUACGUAUAGCUCGCUGUUACAAUAUACCACAAUAAGCCCAGCCUAUCCACUAUUCAGCAAUAGAUAAACCGACUGCUUUCGUCCAUAUGCAUUUAACCAAUAUCUCACACUAAUGAUGAAAUACAUACGCUGACGCCCAAACAACACACUGACCGCAAUAGAUCUAUGGAGAAAAAAAUUAAUUUGGGAAAAAUGUGCUGUCCGUGGGAGUCCUGUGACUUUGACUGCUAGUUGUGAAUGUUGAACAAGUGCUAAGAAUGCCUUAGCUGCACACCAUAUUUGUCAGAGGGUGGCAUUGGCAGUUUGAAGACUGUUCUGUGGCGUCAAAAUAUGAAUGUGAAAGUCUGUCGUAAAGAUUUGUACAAGGCUAUCUAAGAAUACAGGUGCCGUCGCGGGUUAAUGCUGCCUUUUUAUGUUUAAGUCGGACAAAUUGGAACUCCUACCUUGAAUGUUUCAGUCACCAGAAGAUUUUUUCCAUCCAUCUUUCGCAGGGCAAACCUGCAAAAUCCCCCAGAAUCAGUCUGGUUUCUAUCUGAAAACGUGCACUAUUCCAUUAUACAUGGAUCCUUUUUUUGUGGGUGUAUCAAAGAUAUGAUCGUCAUGUCAUGUAUAUUCACAAAUAUUCAUAAAUAUCAUUGCAUUGAUUUACUUUUUUAGCAUUUUUCAGUAUUGUUUACUUUCUGCCUAACAGAUAUUUAUGAUAUCAAAGGAGUCGAGCAGGAGUUAGCUCGCACCCGUUACAUGAAAUCCAAACAUGUGCCAAGCAUUUUCCAGCCAGUGUUGCAAUGCUCAAGAUUAGCGCUUCUGAAAAAUAGCCCGAAACGUUCUGCUGGAUGAUUGGAGGUGGGAAUGUCCGGAUUUCAGACACCUCUGAAACGCAGCAUUAAACCCUUACGGCAUGUACAGUCGCAGGUGUUGUGAUCGAACCUGUAGGCUUUAAAGAAGAUCACCGCGCCUCGCAGCAUCAUCUAGGUGACAUAUCCAAAUGGCCAAUGGAAAUGGGGGAAGUCACUGACUGGACAAAACCCAGCAGCUAAAGAUGUGACCUGUGAGAGAACAGAAAGAAUCAACUCUUUCUCUGUGGUUUUGUCGCUGUGCUUUGUCUCUCUCGUCUCUCGUUGUCGUUAUUAUUGUUGACUUUGAGUUUGAUCUCAACACAUUGUACUUGAAUUACCUCAUUUUUGUGACCUCAUGUUGCUUGUGAAUUUAAUUUUUGUUUUGUUUUUUCCCUUUUUUGUUUCAUGUGUACAUUUUAGUUCUUGUGUUUAGUUAGGGAGUGUGUAUUGGAAAGAUGCAUUACGAGCACGAUGAAGCAAUGCGUACGUGGAAAAAUUAAGUGCCACAGUGAAGAGAUUUGUUUGUUUCUCUAAUGUUGUGUAUUUGUUUGUGCAUUACUUGUUACCAAACUUGGUAUUAUUAACCCUGUUUGUUAAAGAGCCGAAAGAUUUGAUCAUUUGUUAUAAAAGCUACCUCUAAGUUGUUUUCCUUUUUUUUUUUGGUCCUUUUUUUGUUUGAUUGUUUGGGGAUUUUUUUUGUUUUGUUCUUUGGCAAAAGCACAUUAUUUGUUUGUGUUUUGCAUUACUUUCUCAUUGCAACUUCAUCUCAUGCUUUUUUUUUUUUCAAAAGUUGAUUUAUGAUUGUGUUUUCAAGUAAAGUGUAUAUAAAAGGGUAAGAGAUAAGAAAAAAAAAAGGUAGAGGUGGACAGGAUGAGAAAAGUCAUUCAAUUGGGUGUGUGUUCUUCUCUUGUUGUCUCCCCCUGCACCUCCGACCACAGAAGAGCAGAGAAAAAUGUAAGAAAAAGCAAUUCUAAAGCCUUAAGUGACGAGUGAGAGGGGCGCGGCAGAUGAGACGGAGUACUAUUGCUUUUUAAGAGCAUUUAAAAACAAGAUGUUUAAACUUGAAAAUAUGUGAAUAGAGUUGUAGUUUUGUAAUGUGAAAAAAACAGAAGGUUCAUCGAGAAUGCGGAGCUGCACAGGUCAGGUCAUAUUAUUUGCAGUGAUGCAGAGUGCGCUGGACAAUUGGAACUGCAAGUUGUAAUCACAAAAGACAAACCAGAAGGUUAAAAAUGGCGAUUUUUUUCUUGGCAGACAAGCUCUCUCUUGAGAUGUGGGUGUAUUCCUGAACAAGAGCCAACAGAGGCAAUUUGAUAUAUAAAAAUUGUGAUAUUUUUGUAUUCAGUGUCAGUCUUUUUUCCAUUUGUGGAGGGUUACAGCAGGGCACAAAAAUUUGUAUUUCUUUUAUUUGUUUUUUUUAAACUGUCUGCUUUUUUUUCCCCUUUCUGGGUGUGAAUCAUUUUCGCCUUGCUCCUCUUUGAUAUUGUUGGACAAAAAAAACACAAAAAACAAAACGUGUGUGAACAUAUUGUAAUAAUAAGUGUUGCUUUCUGGAUGUCAGUUGCAUUGUAGGUGAAAGACUAAAUCUAUCCACCACAAAUUUUACAAGUAUGUGUGUGUGUGUAAGUGACAACGUUUAAAAGCGAAAUUUGAAAAAAAAAAAAGAUGAUUUAAGAAAAAAAAAAGGAAUAGCAGGGGAACUCUGCCCAACCGACCAAUUAGUACUUGUCACUCAAGGUUUUUUUCAAUCAAACUUGACUGUCGACAUUUUGUUUUGUUUUUGUACUUGAAAAAAAAAAGAAGGGAUGGCACGUCCUGUGGUGUCUUGCCAUGUUAUUCUCAAACACUGUGAGCUGAGGGUUUCCUUUUUUUCCCACCCUCUGAUAAUAUCCACCCACUAUAAUAUACGCAGUCAGCCUGAACACCACAAUGCAAGACCAUUUCAGUCAUGUUUGUUCGUAUCAUCGUCCUCUGAAUGUUUUGUACUUUUUCGUGCGGGUGAACAGGCGCGUAAGAGUGUGUUACUGUGUGCGAGUGUGUGCGAGUGUAUUAGUGGGAAAACUGCACUAAUCAGACCAGAUACAAAAUAAAAUGAUAUUCUAUGCCACUUUUUUUUUCUGUUGGGGAAAAAAAUAUAUAUAUAGACAUUGGCAUCGGUAUAGUUCUUCCCUCAGUGUUCCUCCAAUGUUUCUGUACUAUUUUUGUGCCUAAAAAUGGAAAUUGUUCGGCAAAAGUAUCCACCUAUAUCUGCUUAGUUUCUGUAUUUUCAGAAGAAAAGAAAAUAAUGUUGUCUGUGGCACCCUAGGGAUGUCAUGAUGCUCAAAAUAUGAACCAAUUUUCCUUUUCUUUUUUUUCUUUUAAACGGAGCAGGCUUUUCUUUUUUAAGGACUGCAAAAAAAAAAAUCCUUCCUGCUAUUGUAAUAGCAACUGCAUUUGGUUCUUUUCUUAAGCUGUUCUGUGAUUGGCAUCCAGAAGCAUCUAUUUAGCCGCACAAAAAAAAAUGGAAAGAAAGAAAAAAAAACUAUAUUUAGAAAGGCUGCGGUGGCGAAAUUUGCAAAUACUUUUUUAGGACAAAAUCUGCUUCACGCAAUUGUUUUUUGUUUAUUUUUUUUAGCAAAUUAAGCCUGUCUGGUUGUCCAUUUUGUCAGCAACAGGUUUGCUGAUUGAGGACUUUGUCCUGUUGUAUUGAAAUUAGAAAAGAAAAAGAAAGAAUGAAAGAAAGAAAGAAAGAAAAACCCCAUUUGGGAAGGAUGGCACUAGGAUGUUACCUUCUGCUUUGCUUUUUUUUACAUAAGUACUUCUCCUUUUCUACAAAAUGCAUUUAUCAGGGGGUGUUAAAUUCGUCUGAGAGGAAUCAUGGCAUCCCUGGAGCUGGCACUCUGUGUUUUGGUGUGGUGUUUCUAGAACAAAGUAACCAUUUCAUGCAGUGUUGCAAUGCAUGUGCCAUCGAGGUCUAGACUAAAACUGUUUGAGUAACAAAGCACCAAGACAUUGUAUUUUUUUAUAUUAGCACUGAGGACCAAUUGCCCUGUCGGACCAAGCAUAACAAAGCUUUUUAUGUAACAAAGCUUUUCUCUCUGUCUUUCCAAGGCUUGUCUGUGCUUCUUCUCUCCUCCAUUGUUGUGACAGCACAAGUGCCAGUCAAGUUGCUCUGUAUUAAGAAAAAUAGUGUUUUUAUUAUGAUUUGAAUUGUUAUAGUUUUUGUCUACCUCAGCACCUAAUCUUAGCCUAAUCUUAGAAGGUGCCCAAUUAUUAUUUUUUAUUUUCUUUAUUUUGUUUUUUCUUACUGUUGUCCGUUGUAAAAAAAAAAAAAUUUCGUUUGAAAUUUGCAGUAGAGCUUUGCAGAGGUCCUUUGUCUUUCCCAGCGACAACGUGCUAUUUUUUUUUGUUUUCAACCCCUGUGGCCGUGCGUUUCUUGUUGAGCUGUGCCACCAAUCUAUAGCCACCGUCUGUUGAUAUAGCGGUUGUUCUUUUUCGUUUAUUUCCAUGUAGAAUCAGACACAUCUCUUUGUAACAUUUCAGUGUUCUCUGAUGGAGUGUGAAAAAAAUAAUAAAAAGGAUAAAUAAAAGAUUUGAUGCUGCAGGUCCUCUUCUCCAUGUUGUCAAUGAAGUCAAUGUUGUGCCUUUGAUAGUGAAAAUAUAAGAAAAAGUCUUUUUUUGUUUGUUUUUCAAAUCCUACUAACAGUAGAUUGUUUAUUGUAGUGGAUUUUUUUGUAUUUUUAUUUAUGGGUCUCAUAAUAAAAAUCAAAUCAUGAUGUUCAGUUGUAUACUUUCAAUCUGCA